GUAAAAGAGUUUUUAUUUGGAUUUUGAACCGGACUAAGUGCGAAUAUCUACCUUGACCAAAUGACUUGACUACCUUCCUAUCGAAGUAUGCGACGGUUUCAAGCAAUUAGCAAACGGAUGGCUCAGGGAUCCUCGUAUUCAGAGGCACCGUGCCCAAAUGCCCGUCUAAACCCCAGCGUGAUCCUCCUAGCGUGAGAAAAGGGCCAAAAAGAGACUGGCGUCGUAAACUAAUAAGGCGCCGAGGAUCAACACGAGGUACACGAGGAGCUGAGAAGAUAUAUAAAUCCUCGCUUGACCCCGCUAACAUCCCAAAAAAAGAUAUUCUUCCAUCUCAGUCACCCUGCAAAUAUGCGUCUCCUACACUCCAAGACUCUGGACCUCCAUGAGUUCCUGGAGGACUCUAUCCCUCCAUAUGCUGUCUUCUCACAUCGCUGGCAGGAGGGAGAAGUCCUUCUGCGCGACAUCGAAUCCGGGACUGCACGGGAAAAGAAAGGCUUUGGCAAAGUCGAGUCGUGCUGUGCCGAGGUGGCGUCGCGAGGCCUGGAAUAUGUCUGGAUCGACACCCUCUGUAUCGACAAAUCCAGCAGCGCCGAGUUGUCCGAGUCGUUGAACUCCAUGUACGAAUGGUACCACAAGUCCGCCGUCUGUCUGGCAUACCUGGUCGACGUCACCGAGACCUCGGUCACCAGCGACGGAGAUUUCCAGCGCAGUGUCUGGUUUACCCGCGGCUGGACCCUACAGGAGCUGCUUGCGCCCGUCGCGGUAGAAUUUUUUAACACGGCGUGGAAACCGUUGGGAACCAAGGCGACCUUGAAGACUGAAAUAUUCGCCAUUACCGGAAUCCACGAGGACGUGUUGCUCGGUACCGUCCAGCCGCAGUCCUUCAGCGUGGCUCAGCGUAUGUCGUGGGCCGCGGGGCGCACGACAACCAAAGUGGAGGAUACCGCCUACAGCCUGAUCGGACUGUUCGAUGUGAAUAUGCCGAUGCUGUACGGCGAGGGUCGAAAGGCAUUUAUGCGACUCCAGGAGGAGAUCAUGAAGCAAUCAGACGAUCAGACGCUCUUCGCCUGGUCAAGCAAAGAUGACAACUACCGUGGCCUCCUGGCACGGUCGCCUGCCGACUUUGCAAGUAGUUCGCACUUUAUUGUAUCCACGGACAAAGUCAACGCGUCUCCGUACUCCAUGACCAACAUGGGCCUUUCCAUCGAGCUGUCCAUGGUCCAGUGGGGAAUGGAGAUCUACCUGGCGGCUCUCGACUGCCAGGACAACGCCCGCCAGCGUUUGGGGAUCUACCUCACUCCUCUCCGGGAGCCAAAUCAGUAUGCCCGAGUCAUGCUCGACGAGAUCGAUCUCCUGCGCUUCUCCUCUAACGGGUCCUCGAGACGGCGGCGGAUCUACGUGCGACAGAACAUGACAGGAGAGGGCAAACUCCCCUCGCGACUGUACGGUUUCUGGUUGCGCCACAUCCCGCCGCCUGAUACGGGUCCCAAUGCACGGUGGGAAUUCACGGCGUGGAACCCUUGGAACGAUCGCGACCGGAUUAUUUCGCUACCACCGGGCGCGUACGGCACGGCGGCCGUCAUCCGCUAUAGACCCAAGGGAGCCAACGUGGUGAACCUGAAACUGGGGUUCGACGCGGAUUUCAACCCAGCCUGCCAGUAUGGUGGCCACAUUCUGGGUCCGCGAGCGCGAAAUGCCCGCGACAUCCGCGCAUUCGACACCUUGAUGUUACCUGACUGGAUGGACCCGCCCGCCCUCGAAGGGGUCCAUGUGGGAAAUCGACUGCGUGGAAUCAAUGGGGAUGAUGGUUGGUAUCGGGUGGUUGUGCUGGAUGAGAUCGUGCAGGGAAAACGGAUGUGGGUGGUGUACAUUGCCUCCGUGGAGGACGCGUAUUGGCACCCGGGCCGGCUUUGUGAUGGAUGCGGGCUAGAAAUUUUUGGCCCACGGUAUAGCUGCAAGACGUGCGAGGGUUUCGAUUACUGCUCCAACUGCUACCAAGGUGCAGCCGAGACGCAUCCGUCGCACAGCUUCAAGGAAGUCCGCCUUGGACAGCACGAAGGCGUGCGAUGUGAUUACUGUGGAGAUAGAGUUUAUGGUACGCGCCACAAGUGUCGCAAAUGUUCAGAUUUCGACCUGUGUGGCCAGUGCAUUGACAUUCCGGGAAUCCACGAGCACUGUGAGUUCAAAACAAUUGAAUCGGCCUAUGGGAAGCGCAGAUGAAUUCGAACUAUUAUAUGAAGAGGUUGAUGUAAAUUUCCGAAUAUCUG